AUGGUUCUCAAUGGAUUCGAUUCCGUCAAGGCCUUGAAGGCUAUUUCCAUCGGGAAUUACAGCCGCCGCCGCAAGCUCAAAUGGUUAUUCGAGUUUUUCGUCUUCUUGUUCCUUGUUUCCAACCGCUCUAGUUUCUUUUCUCUCGCCGGUCCGAUCCUCCACCAUUUUUUCCAGCGAAUCCUCGCCGUCCUCAACAGUCAUAUCUUCGUUUUCAUGGUUUUCCACGCUAUGCUCUUCGUCGUUUACUCUCUCUCCCAUUUGACCGACAACAAAUCCGGUUCGAACCGGACCGAACCCGAUUCGUCCGAGAGUUUGGUAGCUCCGCCGGUUGACGUCUCCGUCGAGGAGAAGAGCACGGAGGAGAUGCCGGUUAUUGAAGACUCAAUCGCCGAAGCUCCGGCGGAGGAGACGACGGAGCUGGUAAUCACUGCGGUGGAUGAUACGGCGGUGUUGCCGCCGUCCUCUCCAGUCCGGCAUUUGAACGCUGAGAUGGAAGCGGCGGAGAUUAUACCGGAGGAAAAACGGUACCGGAGGACGGAAUCGGAGAGAUUCGAGGAGAAUCGGGAAAAGAGCAAGUUCAGGAGAUCGAAGACGGAGAUUAGGUGGAGAAAUACCACCGCAGAACUGACAGGAUUUGUGGAUUUGGUGGAUGAGAUGGACAUCGACGAUUUCAAUCGGACGGUGGAGAGCUUUAUAGCGGAACAGAAAAUGCACAUCGGGGGAAGGGUUUCCGGCUAA